AGGUCGAUCAGUUUUUGAUUUCAUUUAAACGUUGACGGACGUUCUAAAUUUCGAGCUCGCUAAAGGGGCUGAAAGUGUUGGGUAUAACGCAUUUUACAUAAUUUUAAUAAACAUUUUUAUUGAGUCAUGCGACCGAUCGAUUUCGCUUACCGACUGCUACCGGGCAUCAAAUGGUUACACGGCUAUACGACGCAGGAUGCCGUGGCUGAUAUGAUUGCAGGCAUUACAGUGGGUCUAACAGUGUUACCACAGGGUUUGGCCUAUGCGACGCUCGCUGGGCUGGAGCCACAAUAUGGACUCUAUUCUGCAUUUAUUGGCGGCAUUGUGUAUGCCUUCUUGGGCAGCUGUCGACAAGUCACCAUCGGUCCCACAGCUUUGCUGGCGCUAAUGACUAGCCGGCAUACAAGUUUCGGGUUGAAUUCAGGUCCAGCUUAUGCGAUAUUGCUGUGCUUGAUCUCUGGAAUUGUUGAGCUUCUAAUGGCUGUGCUGCGCUUAGGCGCACUGGUUGAUUUAAUUUCACUGCCAGUUACCGUCGGUUUCACCUCAGCAACGGCGGUUAUUAUUGGCACCUCCCAGCUGAAAGGCCUACUGGGCAUUCGUGGUGGUGGCGGUGGUUCCGGAUUUUUAAAUACAAUGAAGUCCGUCUUUAUGAAUUUAGACAAAAUACGCUAUGGCGAUUUUACGUUAGGCAUAAUUGCUAUUACCGUCUUGCUACUGCUGAGGGUAAGUAAAUUGUAG